GAAUCUGAUAUUAUAUUUUUUUGUGAAUUAUAAAAUAGAUGUUCCACGGGAGUCACUACAUCGGGAAUGAAAUGAGUGCUCGUUUCGAACAAGGCGAAACGUGGACAAAAGUUUUGGGCCCCGUUUUUGUGUACCUUAAUUCAACCUCGGUCGUGUCGAACGCUUACAACCUAUGGCUAGACGCAAAGAAACAGAGAUUGAAUCAAGAGUCGUUGUGGCCGUAUGAUUUCGUCAACUCGCAAUAUUAUCUUACCGACAAGGAGCGUGGUUCUGUUUCCGGGAGGCUCUUUGUCCAAGAUAGGUUUAUUUCUUCGUCGCUUCUUCCUGCCAAGUCAGCGUUUAUUGGUCUAUCGGCUGCAAGAACCGAAGGCUCUUGGCAAUUGGAAAGCAAGGGCUAUCAAUUUUGGGUAAAUACAGAUUCAGACGGAAAUUUUACAAUAAAAAAUGUCGUACCGGGAAUCUACGGUCUGCAUGGCUGGAUUCCAGGUUUCGUCGGUGAUUACCUGAAACAAGAACUUAUUACAAUCUCCCAAGGAUCAGAAAUACAGAUGGAAAAUAUAACAUAUGCACCGCCUAGAGACGGUCCAACUAUAUGGGAGAUCGGAUUCGCAGAUCGAACGGCUCAGGAUUAUUAUGUUCCUGAUGUGAAUCCUAUGUAUGUCAACAAGUUAUUCCUUAACAGCCCAGAAAAAUUCAGGCAAUACGGACUUUGGGAUCGAUACACAGACGUAAACCCUAAAUACGAUCAAGUUUUCACGAUAGGCGUAAGUGAUCCGAAGAAGGACUGGUUCUUCGCUCAUGUUGACAGAAGGAUUGGAGAAAAGUAUGUUCCGACAACAUGGGCGAUCAGAUUUAGUCUGAAAUCGGUUACAGUCGGGACGUACAAACUGAGAUUGGCUAUUGCCUCAGCCACACGCUCCGAUCUUGAGGUGCAUGUUAACGAGAUGAAUGCAGAACAGCUCGUUUUCCAAGUGACCAAUUUAGGUGCAGAUAACACAGUUUGUCGACAUGGAAUCCAUGGGCUUUAUCGUCUUUUCAGCGCAGAUAUUUCGUCGACUUUGUUGGUUAACGGUGACAACUGCAUAUUUCUAACACAAGCAAGGGGUGGUGAUUCACUCUGUGGGAUUCUAUAUGAUUAUUUAAGGCUAGAAGCUCCACCUACUUAAAUUGCAGAAUUAGUCUUCCGAGCGAGUCGAUAUUAUUUUUUUUGUUUUUCGCAAUUGUUUUCGUGUAUGUUCGAUCAAACGAAUUCACAAAUAUAUUACACAAUUGAUGUAAAAAAGAAUCGAAACUGCAAACAAUAACAUUACAUUCCAUGAACUUUUUUAUCCACAUCAAAUGAUCAUUUAACAUGGCUAACAUUAUAACUAACAAAACCGAAACCGCGCAAAAAAAAAAAAA